AUGAAAGGAUACUAGUUAUUUGUUAUACUAAUAGCUCUUACUGCAGCAGUUCUUGGAUCAUAAGAUACAGUUUAUGUACAUUUGAUUCCACAUUCUCAUGAUGAUUAUGGAUGGAUUUUUAACAUAUAAGAAUUGUAUAAUAACCCUAGUCCAUUUUAAGGUUAAGGAGCUGUGAAAGACAUUUUGAAUUCUGUUUAUACUGAAGUUUAGAAAAGUCCUAACAGAAAAUUCAAUUAAGUUGAAGUAGGUUUUCUAGAUAUUUGGUGGGAUAGUUUAUCAGAGUAGUAAAGGGAUACUUAUAGAAGCUUAGUUUAAAGUGGAUAAAUAGAAAUAUUGAAUGGUGGAUGGGUUAUGCAUGAUGAAGCUACUGCAUACUUCGAGGAUUUGAUAGAAAAUAUGACUGUUGGUCAUUUGUGGGUCAAAGAUAAGUUUAACAUAAUUCCUACUGUUGGUUGGUAAUUAGAUCCUUUUGGACAUCAAAACGCAAAUGCAGCUUUAUACAGCUAAAUGGGUUUGAAUGCAUAGUGGUUUGCUAGAAUUGAUUAUUAAGAUUAUGCCUAAAGAUCUUAAAAUAAAGGAUUCGAAAUGAUAUGGUCGCCCGAACAAAAUUCAGGGGAAGAAAAUUACAUAUUUUCAGCAGUCAAUUACAAGCAUUACUCUCCUCCUCAAAAUUUUUAUUUUGAAACUGGCUAAGUAGUUAAUUAAUACAAUGUUGCUUAAAAGGCUUAAGAAUUUGUUUAAUAUUUUAAAAUUAUGAAUCAAUACUAUAGAGGCAAACAUCUCUUCCACACCAUGGGUGAAGAUUUUGCUUAUAGCAGAGCAAAUGUUUGGUAUGAAAGUAUGGAUAUGCUCAUUGAAUACAUUAAUUCUCGUAGCGACUAAUACAAUAUGAAAAUACUAUAUUCUACUCCAUCAAACUAUUUAAAAGAAUUAUAAAAAUAAAAUGAAUCCUACCCUGUAAAUAAAUAUGACUUUUUUCCUUAUGCUGAUAAAUCUAAUGCUUUUUGGACUGGAUAUUUUACUUCCCGUCCAUCAAUUAAAGGAUUUACUAAAGAUUCCGGAAGAUACUUGCAGGCUAUAAGAAAUAUUUUCUCAACUGAAUCAAUAUUAAAGAUAUCUAACUAAUUCAAAGUUAACUAUCAAAAUAUCCUUUAUGCUUUGCAAAAUUUUGAACAGUAAGUUGCCAUGAUGAUGCAUCAUGAUGCGGUUACUGGUACAGAAAGGUAAAAAGUAGCCUAUGAUUAUAUAUAACGCUUAAAUAAAGGAUAUUCUUUAAUUAGAGACUAAUUACAUCCUUUAUUACAAGAAUAUACCAACAAAUAAAUAAAUGAAAAUGAUAUUAACUACGUUUAAUGCAACUGGAAUGCCACUAUUACUUAAUGCGAUAUAACCUAAAAGUAGCUAGGUUAAGGCUCUCCAGUCUUGUUAAUGAUAUAUAAUCCCUCAACAACUAGAUAAUAACUUACAAGAAUAAAAGUCCCAUAAAUCUCAUUAUCAGUUUUAAAUGUUGAAAAUUAACAAAUUACUGCUGAUGUCAUUUGUUCAAAUCCAUAAGAUGAUAAAGACUGCGACUUGUACUUUUUAGAUAAAUUUGAAGGUUACUCAUUCUAAUAUUAUAAGAUAGUAGUUAGCCCUUUGAGUAAUUCUAUUGUAAAACCUUAUAUAAAAAAAUAAUCUUCUGACGAAAUAGAGAUUAAUUUAUCUCAAACUUAAGUUUUAUCCAUAAAUACUGCGACAUUUAAUUUCAGGCUUUCUACUUGGCAAGAAAUUAAAGAUGACUACAUUAGGUCUUAUAGAUUAUUUUCUAAUAGCUUUUAAAUUCAAUACAAUUAUUAUACCUCUUCCACUGAUAAUUACUAAUCUUCAGGAGCAUAUAUUUUCAGACCAAAUCAACAGUCUAGCAUGCCUUAUUCUGAAAUAAAAUCUGCAACUGUUUAUAAAGGAAAAGUAGUAACUGUAGUUACAUUAGAUGGAACAAAGACUACCACUUAACUAAGAUUCUCCUCUAUUUAUUAAUAAAAAUAAGCUUGCGAAGUUGAAACAUUUAUUCACUCCAUAGAUGUUAAUGAUGGUGUUGGAAAGGAAGUUGUGAUGCUUAUAAAUACAAAUUAUAAAAAUGAUGGAAAAUUCUUUACUGAUUCUAAUGGUUUAGAAUUAUAAUAAAGAUAAGUCAACUUCAGAAACACAUGGGAUUUAAAACAAACAGAGCCUGUAAGUGGAAAUUAUUAUCCAAUUGGUGCUAUAAUUGGAUUGGAAGAUUAAGAAACUAAGUAAAGGGUACUUGUAGUUAAUGAUAGAUCAUAAGGUGGUACCUCCCUAAAUCAAGGUUAAAUCGAAAUUAUGAUACACAGAAGAAUUCUGAGAGAUGAUGGAAGAGGUGUAGCAGAGAGUCUAAAUGAAUUUGAUGAUAUAAAAGCACAAUAGGGACUUUAAUAGAAAGUUAGACAUUAUAUAGUUUUUGAAAAAGAGAAAGAAUCCACUGGAAGAUUAAUUUAAAACAACUUAGAUUCAGCUCAUUAAAUUUUUAUUUCUAAGACAAGCUAGAACUUAUUUUAAUUAUCACAAAAUUUUAGCAAUUUAUUUGAAAAUUCUCCAUUUGUUUCAAAUAAAAAUCCAUACUUAAGAGUUUACCUAAAACAAUUCCCAGAUUAUUAUACGUUGAGACUCUAUAAUAUUCAUGAUUUUGUAAAUGCUGAGUUUAAAUUAGAUUCUAAAUUCAAAAUCUUAGACGAGUUGACAUUGACUGCAAAUCAAAGCAAAUAAACAAUGCUUUAAAAUAAAUAUAAAUGGAAAGCUGAUAAUGGAUAAACCUUCUAACCCUCAUUUUAAUCAAAUUUGGAGCAAGAAAAAUAAACAAAUAGUAUGACAGUCAAGCCUUUACAGUUAAGAGUUUUUAAAAUAUCUUUAGUAAAUUGA